CCCAGCUCGGGCGCAGCCCGGCCCAAGGCGCGGCCUGCCAUGGAGGUGGAGGAGGCGUUCCAGGCCGUGGGCGAGCUGGGCAUCUACCAGAUGUACCUGUGCUUCCUGCUGGCCGUGCUGCUGCAGCUCUACGUGGCCACGGAAGCCAUCCUCAUCGCGCUGGUGGGGGCCACGCCUGCAUACCACUGGGACCUGGCCGAGCUCCUGCGCAAUCAGAGCCACGGCAACCGCUCAGCCGGUGAGGCCCAGGCCCUUGGGGACUGGCUGCUGACGGCCAACGGCAGCGAGGUCCGCAAGCACCUGCACUUCAGUGGCAGCUUCACCUCCAUCGCCUCAGAGUGGUUUUUAAUUGCCAACCGGUCGUACAAAGUCAGUGCAGUCAGCUCCUUUUUCUUCAGCGGUGUGUUUGUGGGAGUCAUCUCUUUCGGUCAGCUUUCAGAUCGCUUCGGAAGGAAAAAAGUCUUUCUCACAGGUUUUGCUCUUGACAUCUUAUUUGCUAUUGCAAAUGGAUUCUCCCCCUCCUAUGAGUUCUUCGCAGUAACUCGCUUCCUGGUGGGCAUGAUGAAUGGCGGCAUGUCUCUGGUGGCCUUUGUCCUGCUCAACGAGUGCGUGGGCACCGCCUACUGGGCACUGGCAGGAUCGAUCGGUGGCCUCUUUUUCGCAGUGGGCAUCGCCCAGUAUGCCCUGCUGGGAUACUUCAUCCGCUCCUGGAGGACCCUCGCCGUUCUGGUUAACCUGCAGGGAACCGUGGUCUUUCUCUUAUCUUUAUUCAUUCCUGAAUCACCUCGUUGGUUAUACUCCCAGGGUCGGCUGAGCGAGGCUGAAGAAGCUCUGUACCUCAUUGCCAGGAGGAACCGCAAGCUCAAGUCUACGUUCACACUCACACACCCGGCCCACAGGGGUGCCCAGGAGACUGGCAGCAUCCUGGACCUGUUCCGCCACCGGGUGCUGCUGGGGCACACGCUGACCCUGAUGUUCAUCUGGUUUGUGUGCAGCCUGGUCUAUUAUGGCCUAACUCUGAAUGCAGGUGACCUAGGUGGAAAUAUUUAUGCCAACCUGGCCCUGUCUGGCCUCAUAGAGAUCCCAUCUUACCCUAUCUGCAUCUACUUGAUCAACCAAAAAUGGUUUGGCCGAAAGCGAACAUUAGCAACAUUUCUGUGCUUGGGAGGACUGGCUUGUCUUAUUGUGAUGUUUCUUCCAGAGAAGAAAGACACAGGUGUGUUUGCGGUGGUGAAUAGCCACUCCCUGUCUCUGCUGGGGAAGCUGACCAUCAGUGCCGCCUUCAACGUGGUGUAUAUCUACACAUCUGAGCUCUACCCCACCGUCAUCAGGAACGUUGGCCUCGGAGCGUGUUCCAUGUUCUCUCGAAUUGGUGGCAUUAUUGCUCCCUUCAUCCCCUCACUGAGAUAUGUACAGUGGUCUCUGCCCUUCAUUGUAUUUGGAGCCACAGGCCUGACCUCCGGCCUCCUGAGUUUGUUGUUGCCAGAAACCCUGAAUAGUCCAUUGCUCGAGACGUUCUCUGACCUUCAGGUGUGUUCGUAUCGGAGACUGGGGGAGGAAGCCUUAUCUCUGCAGACCCUGGAGCCCCCUCAGUCCACAGAGAAAGAAAGUGCUUUGGGGAGCGAGAGCGAGGAGGAAGAGGAAUUCUAUGACGCGGAUGAGGAGACCCAGAUGAUCAAGUGAGGAACCAGACCCUCCCCAGGAGUGAGGACCCGCUCUGUGCCUCCGACUAAGGCAGGUUCUCCCAGGAAACCUGGUUUUAGGACGAUGGGCUUGGACAUAACAGAACUUGGUGUGAACUGAUUUUUUCAGGUGCAAAGAAAGUUGGAAAAGAGAUUUCAUGACAGAGGAUGCCACCGCAUUAAAGGAACAGUUGUUAAUUUGUCCAAAAUUCGGGGUUAUCUCAGAAUCAUGGCCUCUGGCCCAGAGCUCUAGCUUAGAGGCCUAAGUGGCAAACUGAUUGCUAUCUAGAAAUUUGAUUCUGUUGCUUUUCCUUCGUGUCCUAAGGGCAAAUAUGUAAAAGUUCUCACCAUUUAAGUGGGAUAAGAUUUAAUCUUUAGGUCUGGCCACAUUUGCUUUUUAUACCAUAUUUGGCAUUUACUCCAUCCGCUGCUCCUCCCCAGGAGUGUUGGGGCUGGUGGUGUUGGCAUUUCAGGUUUGUUCCAGAGGAAAAGCACUGAGAGGUUAUUUGCAUGACCCACAGACUCCGCUUUUCCAGUACAGAUGAAAUCGGGGUCCUCAGCCCGGUUCCCAGCCUAAUGAGAGCUGGUGCCUUGGAUUCCUCAGAUGAUGCACUAGGAAAAGCUGACUGUACUGACGCAGUUUCUCAGCCCCAGAGGUGGAGCCGUGGCUCCACCUUUCUUCACUUUCCACUUAUGCAUCCCCCCCAGAAAGCUUUCCAUCUCAGGUUGCUGUGGCAGCAAUAAUCUCAGAAUCAUGCACAGAAAAUGAGCAAGUUUAAAAAAAAAAUUUAAAAAGAAUAAUAAAAUGAGCUAGUUUUAUAAAGCAGAGGGCAGUUAAAAAGUGACAUGAGGGGCUCCUGAAUGCUGAAAAGCAAAAUCAAAGGUGCUGUUUUUUUUUUUUAAAGAUUUAUUUAUUUAUGCAUACAAGAACUGGGGUGUAAGCCAGAGGUGUGGGAGGUGAGAGGAUUUAACAGAGACCGAGUGGGGAGCAGAACAGGCAGAUCUAGAGAAAUACACUGCUGAGGGGAGCAGUGGGUGAGUCAGGAGAGGUCUGCUGCGCCAUGUGGGUUGCUCCCUGGUGGGAUGGGAUCAAACUUGUGCUGCAGUGGCUGGCAGUAGCUUGAUAAUGCUGUCUUUAACCCCUGGGCCACCAGGGAAGCCCACAAAGGUGCUAUUUUAAUGAUGAAGAAAAACAAGUUAUCUGUCACAAUGUAUUUGUCUUGUUUUCAGUGUUGGGCCAGGAGACUUGGGCAACGUUCAGACUUGAAUCCUCCUUAUCCUAGAUCAGCCCCUGCCUGUUGAGUCAGAAUGGAAGGCUCAGAGAUUUCAUAGCAAAUGUUGGUUUUUCAUUCCUUACUAGCAGCUUGCACAUAAGUCAAAAUCAGAUUUCGUUUCCUAAAAUCAUGUGCUGAAAAUACGUUUCUCUGUAAAAUUGGAAUGUUCCCUCAAAUAGGAGUUGUAUCAUAGGGUCAACAAGCUUGGGAAGCAUUGUUUUAGGUUACCUGCCCAAUUAGGAAAAUAUUUGUAUUUUCAGGAUUUCCAUUUCUACUAAUUUCUCGGAGAAACAAAAACUGCUUUAGAGGGAAAGAGGAAAAGUGUCGUGAAUGCUAAUGAUUGCUUCUGGAACCCGGGGAGGCGUCACUGGUGGGCUGGGUACUCUCCUGUCUCCCUCCAUGCUGACCUCUCAGUUACGCCGUAUCCAUCUGAACCUUUAUGGGUAUUAAAGUAUUUUCAUGUCCUUGAUUAUGUAUUUGACUUUUCAUUUCUAGGCCAUUUAAAAUCCAUUAGGGGGAUUCCAGUGUCAUAAUAUUAAAUGUUGAAGAUAGGGAGAAAAAGGAAUUUCCUUACAUCCUGAUAGAUGCAUACACUUAUUCAUCGACUACAGUGUCCAUCGCAAGUCAGCUUGAAAGUUUUGUGACACAAAGCUGCUUCUCUGUAUAUGGGAUGGAAUGAUUUUCAGGUGUUUUUACCACAACCCAUUAUCUGUACGAACAAUGCCACACACAGACGGUGCGUAGCCAUAGAUGUGGAUUGUAUUUCAUAUACAACCAAAGCAGUUUUGUCCAAUACUACUUAGCCUAACUGUCUUCAUUGCAUUGUAUUUUCGAUUUUCACUUAAAAAUGGAAAUAAUACUGGUGAAGACAAAUGAAGGUGAUUUCACACUUGAUAAGCAGCUCCAGACGUGCAGCUGGGAAGAGAGAAAUGAGAAGCGUGCCACCUUUAGUGUUUGCCUUAGUCCUUGCCUCGGGCCCAUGUGCACAAGGACAUGUGUGUAAAGAUGUUCAGUGUCAGCAUGAAACAGUGACAUGAAAUGCCUUCGGUACAGAAAUGUACAGACACCUUUUUAUAUUCAUAAAAUGGAGUGAAACACAGGAGUUCUAUGAAGUAGAUGCAUCUCAACAAGGUUGAACAAACUGUUGGCAAGAUUUUGCUUGAUCAAAUCAUUUCAUGGAUAAAUUCUUUAGGGGGUAACUGAAGAACAUGCUAAUAAAAGAUAUCGAAAAGCUUUUUCUGCGGUACUUUAUA